AUGAUAGAGCGGUGGAAACCGGAGAUGCACAUGUUUCAUUUACCCAUCGACGAGGCUACCAUCACACUUGAGGACAUGGAGGUUUUUUUCGAGCUGUCGGUUGAUGGAUUACCUAUAGCUUACCCGCAUGCUUUCAGAGACUACAUGGGAUUGCAUUACCUGCAUAUAUUGCAGCAGCUCACCGGAUUCCAGCCAGCGGAGGAGACUGCAUUGAGUGGGGCCAGUUGUUUGCAUUUGACGCCCAUCCGGCAUCAUCUGGAGGAGAUAGAUGCGGAGAUUACAGAUGAUUCACCACCGGAGGUUAUCGAAUGGCACACGAGAUUGAUGCUGCUCCUGAUGUUUGGUGGUUUACUGUUCCCGAACACUUUGGGAAACCUAGUCAAUUUGAGAUUUCUACAUCAUCUUGAGAAAUAUCAUGAGGUCGUGGUGGUCGGCGAGGAUGGGUUCCCCAGCAAAGUGGUGUUGAGGCACCCGUAG